CAGUCGGUGUCGGCCAUGGCUCCGAGCGCGCAGGCGGGGGGCGGCCGCGGGCAGGCCCCGGGCCCGGGGCUCCGGCACGGCAUCCGCGCCGUGCUGCUGGGGCCACCCGGCGCCGGCAAGGGCACGCAGGCUCCGAAGCUGGCCGAGACCUACUGCGUCUGUCACCUGGCAACCGGGGACAUGCUGCGGGCCAUGGUGGCCUCGGGGUCCGAGCUGGGCAAACGGCUCAAGGAAACGAUGGAUGCUGGGAAGCUGGUGAGUGAUGAGAUGGUGGUGGAGCUGAUUGAGAACAACCUCGACACUCCUCCCUGUAAGAACGGCUUCCUGCUGGACGGCUUCCCACGCACGGUGAAGCAGGCUGAAAUGCUGGAUGAGCUGCUGGAGAAGAGGAAAGAGAAGCUGGACUCUGUCAUUGAGUUCAGCAUCCCCGACUCCCUGCUCAUCCGGAGGAUCACUGGACGGCUGAUUCACCCAGCGAGUGGCCGCUCUUAUCACGAGGAGUUCAGACCCCCGAAAGAGCCCAUGAAGGAUGAUGUCACUGGAGAGCCCCUGAUCCGCCGCUCCGACGAUAACGAGCCCGCGCUGAGAACGCGCCUGAAGGCCUACCACAGCCAGACCUCGCCCCUGGUCUCCUACUACAGCCAGAGAGGGAUCCACACGGCCGUGGAUGCCUCCCAGAGCCCCGACGUGGUGUUUGCCAGCAUCCUGGCAGCCUUCUCCAGAGCAACAUCUGAGUGACUCCGUGAAGCAGAUGAGACACCACCAAAGGCUGCACACUGCUCCAUCACCCACUGCAGCCCUCCCUGGGGGCAGGGACGGGGUUAUGAUUGAUGGGAGGGGGAAAAGGAGGUGGUAGACAAGGGGCUUGGGGGCUGAUUUGGGGAGGGGGGGUUGUUUGGAUUUCUUGUCUAGCAGCAUGAUUGUGGAGAGGAAAUGGCCAUCUCCUGAGAGAUCACUGGGGAGGCAAAACAGCCGCAGAGUGAAACGUCUCUGGCGGUGAUCACAUGCAGGUCCUUGGCCUGUGAGUUGGGUAGAUGCCACUCCAGGCUUCUCCAGGACUUUCAGGGCUUGUCUCGUGGGCUCUUGGUACAAACUCUGAGGCCACUGCAAGGUUUGCUGUGAUUUUUUUCUAAAGCUGCUUCUUGUCAGCGAGGACCAAAAGGAACAAAUGACUCAUUUCUGAAAUGGAAAGGGGGGAAAUGCCAUGGGCUUUUCCUGGAAGUUUGGUUUUUCUUGCUCUGCUGCAUUCCUGAAGUCCAGCACGAGGCUUCUCAAGGCUUCUGUGUUGCUGAGCAGAGGGGCUGGGGCUGGAGCCUGCCUUACUUGGCUUUGCUGUGAUCCCAACUGAGCUGGAAUUCACUUUCUUACGGGACUGCACAGGUGCCACUCACCUGGGACGGGGUUUGCAUUUCUUUUUUUUGAUCAAAUGGUGCCUUGUCUAACCUCUGAAUCAAUAAUAAAACAACCCCUUUAUAUUUUGUA